CAGGUGGAGCGGGGGAGUCACGAAAGAUGUGUCAUCUCCAGCCAAUGUCACAACAAAACAAACACCAAGGAUAAAAUAACAAAUAUCCGAAAUGAAUCGCUUCGCUUAUGUGGAGGCCCGUCUGAGUCCCAAUGAAUCCUUCGUCAGUCGCGACAACAAGGUGAAAAUAUACGAUGGCGACCAAAAGACGGACUUUGAAGACGGCGAAGUGGUGCUCACCACACACCGACUGUUUUGGGGUCGCCCUGGAGAGAUUGCCCGGGCCGCCGUAACUCUUUGCCUGCCACUCAGCUAUGUGAUAUCCGUCAGCGAGGAGACCACUGCCUCCAACUUCUUUGGCCGCAAGACCCGCAUAAUCAUGCAUCUGCAUCCACCAACGUUGGACAAAGGACCCGGUCCACUGGACACCAGUCGCGCCACCCACAUCAAGUUGUCCGGAAAGAAUGGCCUAAGCGUCGAGUUCCACAGUGCCUUGCGGGAGACUCUGAACGCCCGUGUCUGGGAAAUCCUCUUGACCAGCGAAACCAUCAUCAAUGGCGCGGCUAGCAGUCCAACCUCGGAGCCUGCCAACGAUAGGCUGGCACGCAUUCAGAAGAGGACAGGCAUUGGCGGCAUCGAACGGCACUUGGAGGCAAAGGCCAAGGCCACGGAUGAGAACAUAGCUUUGGCCUUUCAGGAUCUUAGUGUUCUGAUGGCCAUGGCCAAGGACAUGGUGGGAGUGUCCAAGACAAUUAGCAGCAAGAUACGCGAGCAGAAGGGAGAAAUAUCCGACGAUGAAACGGUGCGCUUCAAAUCCUACCUCAUGAGCCUGGGUAUCGAUGAUCCCGUCACGCGGGACAACUUUACCAGCAAUUCGGCGUACUUCAGUAGCCUGGCCCGCCAGAUUUGCGAGAUGCUGCUAGAUCCUAUCGAGGAGCAGGGUGGUAUGAUGUCCCUGGCUGACGUCUACUGUCGUGUGAACCGCGCUCGUGGACUGGAACUGCUUUCGCCUGAGGACUUGCUGCACGCCUGCGAACAGCUCAGUGGUCCUAUACGCCUGCGCAGCUUUCCCAGUGGCGCUAGAGUGCUACAACUGGAGUCGCACGAUGAUGCCCUGAUUGCCGUUGACACAUUGGAGAAGGUGGAGGCUGCCGAGUCACUGGCUGUGGAGGAGCUGGCCAAACAGCUGGGAAUCUCACUACUGCUGGCCAAGGAGCGCUUGCUAGUGGCCGAGCGUCUGGGCAAGGUGUGUCGCGACGAGUCCGUGGAGGGACUACGGUUCUAUCCCAAUCUGCUGCUGGGCCGGGACUAAUUUCGUAGUGUAUGUGCUUGUUGUUAUGCUUAAUAAAGAAUUAUUACUUUUUAUUUAAA